CGUUGAAGGUGCGGGAUGAGAUCACAGCCGAGGUGACGUCGAAUUGGGGCCAGCCGCAUAAGAUCCUGGCUGACAAGCUGGUACAUCAGCCUGUGGAGGUCUGAGUAGCAGCGGGUACAACAGAGACCAUCAAAUGUGUUACAAGAAGGCAGGGCAGACACCAAAGAACCCUGAGCAAUUAGCAGAGAUACGGAUUCCCUUCCCAGAGGCCUACCACACCAACCUCAUCUAUGACAACGAAUCACCACGCAGUAGGAUCCUGGUGUUUGCCUCAGAGGACAGUUUGGGCCUUCUUGAGUUGGCGCCAACAUGGUUCAUGGACAGAACUUUCUCUACAGCUCCACAUGUGUUCGAGCAAGUUUUCACCAAGCGUGUGCCACUUGGAGUGACGUUGGGGACAGCAGCAUUUGCCUUGCUGCCAUCCAAGGAGCAAGCUACGUAUGACGAGUGUUUGACAGCCAUACUGGAUGCUUGCCUGGCUAGAGAAAUCCGUCCAACCCAGUCAAAGGUUGUGUGCGACUUUGAGGUUGCUAUCCACAAUGAAGUUCGUCAGGUUAUGUCAAAUGACAUCCAGUUACAGGUAAGCUGCAUUAAAAAAUAA